UUCGUGCAGUUGGCAGUAGGGCGUGGCGCGGUGGCGUUGUGAGCAAGCGAGUGGAGAUGAUUGCUUAUUCUAGAUCGGCGAUUUGGUGAUCGUGGUGGUGCAGCUGGAAGUGUGAUCUGUGAAGAGACCCACGCACUGAGAUGGCGGUGCAGCGUAGGAAAUUGUUCCUCUCUUAAGAAUGUACUGUGAAUCGGACAGUUGAAAGCGAACGUAGCCAGCCAGAGCGAGGACUCACCACCAAAGCGUUCAUGCCCGUAUGAAGGCACUUUUGCGCCCUUCUUCUGCUCCUGCCCGAUCCCGUGCGUGUUGAGCAAGUAUGAAUGAGUUGGACAGCCUACGGCAGGAAGCAGAAACAUUAAAAAAUGCCAUACGAGACGCGAGGAAAGCGGCAUGCGACACGAGCCUGGUGCAGGCGACCAGCAACAUGGAGCCCAUCGGGCGGAUACAGAUGCGUACGCGACGGACGCUCAGGGGCCACCUUGCCAAGAUCUACGCCAUGCACUGGGGUUCAGACUCUAGUGUUUGCAGGAACUUAGUGUCUGCUUCGCAAGAUGGAAAACUGAUCGUGUGGGACAGCUACACCACCAACAAAGUGCACGCCAUUCCCCUGAGAUCAAGCUGGGUCAUGACCUGUGCCUAUGCCCCCUCUGGCAGUUUCGUGGCUUGCGGGGGCCUCGAUAACAUCUGUUCGAUAUACAGCUUGAAGACGAGAGAAGGCAACGUGCGCGUGAGCCGAGAGCUGCCGGGCCACACGGGCUACUUGUCCUGCUGCCGCUUCCUGGACGACAACCAGAUAGUCACGAGCUCAGGGGACAUGUCAUGUGCAUUGUGGGAUAUUGAAACUGGGCAGCAAUGCACCUCAUUCAUGGGACACACAGGCGAUGUCAUGUCCUUGUCCCUGGCUCCUGACAUGCGCACCUUUGUGUCUGGGGCCUGUGAUGCCUCUGCCAAGCUGUGGGACAUCAGGGAAGGUUCGUGCAAACAGACAUUCCCGGGCCAUGAGUCGGAUAUUAACGCUGUUACUUUCUUCCCGAAUGGAUAUGCAUUUGCGACAGGGAGCGAUGAUGCCACGUGUCGCUUGUUUGACAUCCGUGCAGACCAAGAACUGGCCAUGUAUUCGCAUGACAACAUAAUUUGUGGCAUUACAUCUGUGGCAUUCUCCAAAUCAGGUCGCCUCCUGCUCGCUGGAUACGAUGAUUUCAACUGCAAUGUGUGGGACUCCAUGAAGACAGAGCGUGCAGGAAUCCUAGCAGGGCACGACAACCGGGUGAGCUGUCUUGGUGUGACUGAGGAUGGCAUGGCGGUUGCAACUGGUUCAUGGGACAGUUUCCUGCGAAUCUGGAACUAAAGGAAUUGCAAGGCACAUUAAUCCUUCUACAAGAUUGGAACCAAGAGCCAAGCAAACAUGAAUAUCCUCGUUUAAAAGAAUUUUAUGAGAAUUUUUGAUGACACUUGAAGAGAAAGCAAGAUGUUUGGAGUCAGAGAAAGCCCUGUUUUUGUAUAGAAGUGGGUAUUAGCCAUUUUGUUUUGAAUCGGCUGGUUUUGCAUUGACAUGCAGCAUCUUCAAAAUCCUGAUGGAUGCUGCCAUUUCUGCAGGGUUCUUAAGUGAGUGUGAGGGAACGUCUUUUCAACAAAACAUUUUUAAAGAUUUUCAUUACAACUUUUGUGUAUUGUAUGAUUGUGGCAAGUUCCAAAUUUCUGAGGCUUUCAAUUCUGGUGGCCAUAAUGGUAGACUGAAGCUGAUUUGGUAUAGUUAUUUGUGAACAGCUGUUCUUAUGUGCAUGACGUCUUGGGCAAUUAUUUGUCUGGUUGCUGUCACUGGUGCUUGUGAUUUGUUUUGAUGCAUUGUGAUUUUUUUCUUUUCUUUUCUUCUGGGCAAAGUUAAUUACUCAUUCCUGUUGUGUUCCAUAGGCAUGAGCAUAGCACAGUGUUAAUUUGAGGGCAAGAAUUAUGAACCAGGCAGAAAUGUUUAAUGUCACUUGCAACACGAUCAGAACUGUAAUCAUCAAAACACCAGCUUUGAAACUGAACAGUUAAUGUGCAAUCUUUUGAACCAGAAAGGCA